UAACAAGAGAUGGAUGCAGAGGAACACUACUGUGAAUUUUUAAUAGCAAGCGUGAUAAAAUGUCUAAUUCCACACACUAUGGCUGAGAAGAAAGAGAAGAUUGUGUUGAAAAUUAUGAAAAAAAUAAUUAAAAAAUCGCUAUCCUGGGUAAGUAUCCGAAUGCAGAAAGACACGGAGAUGUGUGUGAAAUUGAUCGAACAGGCGGAAGACGAAAAGGAAUAUCAUGAAAUUAGCCACAAGUUUGAAUACUUGGAAGAUUAUCUGAUGCAGUCGUUUAGAGAGAGAUCCCACCAUCUGGUAUAUUCACAAACUGCAGAAAACAAUGAGCCAACGUGCACACAUCAACAGGCAAUCAACAGAUGUUACAGCUCUCUGGUGAAGGAUCUUCAUCCGACAGGGGAUAUUCUUGACGAACUUGUACAACAUAAAGCUAUGUCUAUUACUAGCAUGGAAAGCAUCCUAGCACGUCCAACACCAAGAGCACGCAAUGAGGAAUUUAUACUUCGACUGAAGGCAUACAACUAUGAAACAUUUAACACUUGUUUUAUGCCAGCACUACAAAAACAUCAGCCACAUGUUGCCCAGCAAUUAAGAGCCGAAAUGACCAUGUCUUAUGAAACUGCUCCCACCAAGUGUCUCCCUUGUCGAAUCAGAGAAGAAGUGCAGGUUAAACGUCUCGCCGAGUCUUUGCUGAAAGCACAUAUAAUCCGUUUGCCAGCAUACUCUGACUAUAAGAGUCUGUCAAUUAUAAACAGUGGGAAAUGGAGUGAGCUGUUGAAAACGAUACAUUCGGUGGACAUUAUUAAUGCUCUUGAAAAUAAAUAUAAAGAUUUAUAUACUGAAUGUCAAAGUACCGGACUCAAAACUUUAGAGUGUGUUUGUUUUACGGAACAUGACAAGAAUCAAUCGGAAUCAGGAUGCGACGUGGCAAAACUUGACGAUUUCAGUUCAUGUCCAUCCAUUGAUGAGGUUAAUGCAGAAGAUGACAGUAGUUUGACGGAAUCUUCUCCAUCAGCAGAAGAUCCGGACAAGACACAACGUUCGGUUGAUUCUGAAUUGCGCAGUAAACGUCGAGUGAAAGUGUUUGCUGAAAGAAAAAACACUGGUUCUAGUUCAGAGAAAUGUAGUCGUCUCGGUAAAAAACCUUUGAUGAAACAUCGUUCAGUAUCGGAAAAAGUGGCAUGUAUAAAUGAUGAAGUUUAUUGCCUUUCUGCACCAGAGAAAUGUAGUCGUCUCGGUAAAAGACCUUUGAUGAAACAUCGUUCAGUAUCGGAAAAAGUGGCAUGUAUAAAUGAUGAAGUUUAUUGCCUUUCUGCACCAGAGAAAUGUAGUCGUCUCGGUAAAAAACCUUUGAUGAAACAUCGUUCAGUAUCGGAAAAAGUGGCAUGUAGAAAUGAUGAAGUUUAUUGCCUUUUUGCACCAGAGAAAUGUAGUUGUCUCGGUAAAAAACCUUUGAUGAAACAUCGUUCAGUAUUGAAAAAAGUGGCAUGUAUAAAUGAUGAAGUUUAUUGCCUUUCUGCACCAGAGAAAUGUAGUCGUCUCGGUAAAAAACCUUUGAUGAAACAUCGUUCAGUAUCGGAAAAAGUGCAAUGUAUAAAUGAUGAAGUUUAUUGCCUUUCUGCACCAGAGAAAUGUAGUCGUCUCGGUAAAAAACCUUUGAUGAAACAUCGUUCAGUAUCGGAAAAAGUGGCAUGUAUAAAUGAUGAAGUUUAUUGCCUUUUUGCACCAGAGAAAUGUAGUCGUCUCGGUAAAAAACCUUUGAUGAAACAUCAUUCAGUAUCGGAACAAGUGGCAUGUAUAAUUGAUGAAAAUGAUUGCCUUUCUGCACCUAAAAGGAUGAAAUAUUAACAUGAACGACCAUCAACGUUGAAAAGUGUCAUAAUCUACCACAAUGUCAAGGCUUUGGCAGUACACCUUGUAAAUGUCUACCAACUGUCCGUGCAGUAACUGGGAGCAACUAUACCAAUCCAUCAUGUUGUCUUUCCAAGUUGCAGAUUUUCAAGAUGCAGAAACAUGUUGCAACAUCCUUACUGACAAGUUGAGGUCAACAUAUAUACAUGUGGAUUUUAUUAUGCUUAUGGUAUACAACUGGCCCAAAAGGGAAAAAUCACCUGGGGAAGGUAUAAUCAUAAUGUCAGCAUGAAGAAACAGUCAACAUGAAGAAACAUGAACUUUUAUACAUCUAUUCCUAACGUAGAAUGUCCAGGAUAGCUGGUGUUAUUAUUUAUACAUGUAGAAACGCAGAUGUUGUCAUGUCUACUCGUGUUGUACAGUAUGCAAAUUGUCAAUCUAAUUAAAAUUAGCUCCACCGGUUAAUUAUUAUUACACGUGGAUCUAACAGCAUCCCGUUGGAGCGUAUGUCCCGUUGACCUUUCAUUCGACCAAUCAAAACCUUACUUGCAAAAUCAUGCCAGUGAUUUGAAAAUAAUUUGAAAACAUUCGGGAUUAAGCCGAGGGUAUACGAAAUGAUUCGGGUGAAUUACGAAGUAUG